AUGGUCGUCACGAGAGCCCCAACGCAGAGUCGACGGUGUCAGCCCUUAAGAACAUUAGCAUAUGGUGGCAGAGGCACGCGGACCCGACUCACGAGCUGGCGUCCUAGCAACGCUUACGGUCAGCAGUUGCUAUGUCGAGCAAGAACACGCCCGAAUUCAAGACAGUCUUUCAAUAGUUGGUGGACAACGCGAAGAGGGAACCUUAGCAAAGCGUUCACGCUUAAGCAGUACUUUCGAGUGCUCAAAAUGCGGUAUAAGGACUUGACCGGAAACGACCUUGACAGAGAACAAGUGAUAGACGUGAACAAUGCCUUUUUGAUGAUUAUACAUGUUAGUAGCGGUCUGCGCCCCAGCUCCAUGACCCGCACUCGUGCAACACGACAGGCCAGUGACAAAGAGCGUCGGUCGUCAGACUGCAAUGCGGAAGAUGACAGCGGCGAGGAGGAUGGCGAAAACUCAAGCAUGGACGACGCCGUCUCUAAGCUGCUAUCGAGAUCUGCAGUUGUCCGCCAUACGUACCAAGAGUGGGAUCCGAUACCUGGUCCAGCCAAGAUUUCGUCACUUCGAAGGGGAGACGCGAAGGGCACAACGUGGCCCGAUCAGGAUGACGUCUUGACUUUUCCCGUCUCGCACCUGCUCGCUCUUGCGCUCCAUGACAGUGCAUUCGCUGCAGGCAUCAACUCCGCCGCAGACUUCUUCAAGAUCGGAUUCCAGACGGCGACAACAUGCUGCCAUUCCCGUGGCGCCGCGAAGUCCUCGACAUCCCUGUCAUGCGAAAAACACCCGACUUGA